AUGCCUAGAAGAAACACGAGGGGUGCCAAAGGCAAGCCCAGUGGCUCCAGAGGAGGCAACUUCGGCAGGUUUCCUUCCAAGAACAAGAAGAGGAACAGAGGAAAGUCCAACAAUCGUGGAGGUGCUGGAGGACCAGGACAACCUGGUAAUGGAGGAGAGUUCCCCGAGCUAAUGGACUUGAACGAGUCAAUGCACGUUCCAGCAGCCACCUCGAUGAAGUCGAUGUCCAAGCGGCCAGGCAGACUCAUGCAAGAAGCCAUGUAUACCGAGAGACACCACGGAGAAACCAUGUCCAAGAGUUUUCGAGACAGACCCAUAGAAUUCGUGAAGGCCACCGAGAUCUACGACCCGCAAAGAAAGAUCAAUGAGCUCUUGAAGCGGGGAGUCAAAGGCUCGAACCACAGCUCAGACGACCAGCAGUCAUCCAUGCAAAUAGUCCAGGAAUCCGACGCUAUCGUGGAUAUCGAUAUGAGUCAUGAGGCUGGAAACGACUCAGAUCUGGUAGAGUUCGAGAAGUUCAAUGACUACAUAAAGAAGCUCACAGAUCCAAGCAAGGUCGAGAGCCCAAAACAAGACCAUCAUAGUACUGUUAAGGCCGUUCCAGUGCCUCAAUCUGACACUCCACAACCUCAACCUGAAUCCAGCACUUUUAAAGAUAUCAAUAGCCCCCAUAUCCCUCCAGAAAACCAAGAAUUACUAGACAUAUUAAACUCUCCCGAUAAACCACAACCAAAGAACGAUACAAUCCUAACCUUUUCUUCUGAUUCCGAGGACUCGCAAGACGAAACCACCCCUGAGAAUCUCUCGGUUCAAAAUCUAAACAUCAAUGAGCCGGAAUUCGUCAUUGAUGAACAGGCUGAUGAUCAGACCUAUGUGGAAAAGCCAGAUGUGUCUCGAUUGAUAAAACAUACUAUUAAACACUCAGAUGCAUCCACAAAAGAUUCUACAACUGCUGAAUCACACUUGGAACACGAUUCCAUUCUCACGAUCGGAAAGGUCAGCCUCCGUACUCAAGUAGGGGAGGACGGAGUUAUCACAACCCAAUUGCCAUCCAAGAAUUUGCCAGACUCAGAUUUGGAGUCCGACUCUGAUGUUUCUGCAAACGAAGGAUAUAGAGACUAUAUCAGCUCUAUUAUCAGAGAUAUGCGAGAAAACAGUGAUGACGAGGAUGAUGGAUACAUCAGCUCUACAAAUUUUGACAUCAUGGCAUCGUCAUCGGAAGAGGAAGAUUCUGAGAGUGAUGACGAAGACAACGAAGACGACGAAGACGAACCUGAGUAUGGCUUUUUGCCUGAAGACUUCGAAUUUGACGUCUCUCAAAUAUCAGUCACCAACGUCAGGUAUGGAUUACUGAACCAGUUGUACACAAGAAAUCUUGACUUGACUGGUUCUCCAGACACUUACCAAUGGAUCGACCAAGAAGAAGUAGUGGAUUAUGUGAUUCUGAAGGGAGUGAAGGAGCAUAGACUUGGCAGUUUCUUGAAGUAUAUCACAGGUGGGCUCAUUGAUCAGAAGCACGAAGAGCAACCUGAUUAUUCAGAUGUGUACAUUUCAGAGUCUGACGAAGAGGAAGAGGAGAUCGACGAUGAUACUAGUCAAGAGGGAGACGAUGUCAGUGACCUUAUUGCGUUUACUAAGAACCAAAAAAAAUCAUUCUCAAUAGAGGACAUUCAAACCCAGAGCAUACAGACGAAAGGCAAGGGUCGUAAGAAACAGUUGGAUCUUGAUCGGUUUGAUCUUGAUAACGAAAUCAGAGAAUCCUUGCAAGAGCAGUUUCAGAUUCACAGAGAAAACAAGAAAAAUAGAAAGCUUGCCAAAGAGGAUGCCCGGAUCCAGAAGGGUCUCAAGUCAAACGAUCUCCUUGUCAAAUAUCCAUACACUUUGCACAUCAAGGAUAUCAGAGAUGAAAUGGAAUUAUUCCUCCACGAUUCCAAUAGAGACUCGAUGAGCUUUCCUCCUCUUGAUCCUCAUGGCAGCAAGGUGGUCAGUAGAAUGGCCAAGUGCUACAACUUCGGCUCUAAAAGAUGCGGACCUAACGGGAUCCAUCUGUAUGUUAAAUUAUCGAAGAGCAGAAAAACAUUCCAUUAUUUGCCUAGGUACGAUGAAAUUGGCCACAUACUUAAGCAAAGACCAAUUUUCAAUAGAACUGAUCAAAAGAGACCUAAGGAUGAAAUCACGGCCAGUGAUGGAAACUCCAAGAAAGACAAGGCCAGAGGCAGAAACAAGCUGAGCAUGCCUGUUAUUAAGGAAGGUGAUAUUGUUGGAGCUGCUGCACCAGAAAUUGGCAAAGACAAUAUUGGAAGACAAUUGUUAGAAAAGCUCGGAUGGAUCAAGGGAGAAGGUUUGGGUGCCCAUGGUAACAGAGGUAUCAGUGAACCAUUAAUGGCCACCAUGAAGAAGUCUAAGACUGGUUUGAAGUGA